GAUAGACGCUGUGUUUGCACGAAAAGAGGAAGCGGAUCCCCGCUCUAAACAUAGUCUCACUGGUCUCCUCGUGUGGAGAAAUGCCCGGGCAAGAUGUGCUCCAGCCGCAAGAUCCUGUGGAGCCUGCUGCUGCUGUCGGUUGUGGAGGUGGGCCUGGGCGUGGCCAGCAUCGUCCUGGGGGCCGUGGGUAUCAGCUGGAUACGAGACGAGCACAAGCCGCAGCAGGGCGACGCGUCGCCGGUUUGGAGCGGACUCUGUUUCCUGGUGUGUGGGGUAUGUGGGAUGCUGUGUGCCCGAAAGAGAACUGGUCUUAUCAUGAUUGUGUUUUCCGCCUGCUGUAUCUGCGGUCUGAUCGGGGGGAUCCUCAACUUCCAGUUUGUGCGUGCGCUGAGCAAGAGGCCAGACACCGCCAUGCACUCGGUCCAUCUGGCGGCCAUGACGCUGGCCUGUCUAGGCAUCUCCUCCUGCACGCUGUCCGCCUGGCUGACCUGCCGGCUCGCCAGCUCGGAGCAGCAGAGGAUGUUCCUGGAGAGAGAGCACUCUUUGCACCACUCCCACGAGAUGGCCGAGAAGGAGAUCCUAGAGAACUCCAGUAACGGCAUUCCCCAGAUUUCUUACAACGGAAACAGCAGUACAUCACUAUAACGACCAGGCGCUCCGGACAGCAUCUCUUGGAAGGGGUUUCGCUCAGGCCCGAUGAAACAAAUACAACAUGGUGCGCAAUUUGGGCUGUACUUGCGUUCAGCGCCAUCCAUGGACCUGUCUGGAUUGACUACUUGUGUACACUCUGCAGAGAGGAGAGAGUGUGUCAGUGAUCAGCUUUUGUCUUCCUCAUUGGAAGUGAGGCAGAACAUGUUAUCUUUGGGAACAAAGGGGAAUUAAAGUGCAAUUCCGGCGAAAAUUUAACCCAGGGUCUUUUUCGGCAUAAAAACCCAUAAAAUAUGCCCUAGAGACAUUUUUAUUCAAUGAUAAUCGAGUAUAGAGCUUGCCCUCGAAUGCCUGGAGCAAUAUA